AUGAAAUGCUGUCCAGAUUUUAUCGAAAAAGAUGACUUGUGUGAACCAUGUCCAGAGGGAACUUUUGGGAGGUCAUGUGAGGAUCACUGUCCAAAUGGUUUUUAUGGUAAACAGUGUACAGUUCAAUGCAAUUGCAGUCCAGCUCAAGAAUGCCACCGUAUAUUCGGAUGUGUUUGUCCAGUAGGAUAUACAGGAAACAAAUGUGAUCAAGGAGAUGUUACAUCUGUAGAAAACACUGUCACAAAUAUAGUUGCUACUGGUUAUGCGAGUGAAGCUAUCAUCAUUGAGGUGACAACAAUAAAAAAAAGUCACAGUGGACCAUCGAAUAAAGAAUGGCUAUUGUAUACAAUUUGUAUAACUGGAGCUAUAAUAAUAACUGCGUCAAGUCAUUUAUUGCGUUCUUACAGAAAGCGAAAAUCAAGACUUAAAAAUGAAGAAGUAGUGGUGGAAUUAACAACAACUUCUCCGUAUACUGGUUUCUAUCAUGACAUUGACGAUAACAUUUUUAAUGAUGUCGCACCAAGUCUAUGCUUGGUAUCACAUCCAUCUAAAAUGGAAGCUGUGUGCUUUAUUCCUCACGAAAAUUCGUUUAUCACAAGAAGCAACGAAUUUGUUAAUACAGAUUAUCUGUAUCCUGUUUUCGCACCAGAAGACGACGAAGAAAAUUCGCAACAACAACAAUUGCACAAAAAAGAUAACAUGCCAACGUGUUUCUCCGUAUCAGACGUAAUAGUUCCGCUUAGUAUAAAAUCUGUCAAUCCUUCCAAAGUCACAGAAACUCGGCAUGAACAUAUGCACGGGUAUAAAGUACCUGUGACAGUACAUCAGUGUCUCGAAAGUUCAUCCGGGUCUGAUGAAGAUGAAACCGAUUACAAAUAUUCUCAUGUGUAUCAAUCACUACAAAAAGGCAGUCCGACGGAAAAAAACGAUUACAAAAAACUGCGCACAGCGGAAAGUAACAUAAUUAAUGAUGAGUUAUUGCAGGCGACUACACAAGCUAUAUAA